AUGUCGUUCCGCAAGCGCAAUGUAGGCCUCUCCGGCUCUACGAGAUCCGACGAGGGCUCUGCGCAGACCAACACCAGCAGCAAAGACCGAGUCCAGCUACCCGGAGUGCGGCCUUCCCCAGUGGACGGCCGACCGACCACUUCCACCGGCACCGCCAGCCUCGACGCCCUGCUGGCAGGACACUCCGGUCUCGCGCUCGGCAGCACCAUCUUGAUCGAGGAAAGUGGCACGACCGACUAUGCGGGCGCUCUGCUCAGAUUCUACGCUGCGGAGGGCCUUGUCCAGGGCCACCAUGUCCACGUCGUUGCGCUGCCGGAGCAGUGGGGUCGAGAAUUGCCCGGCGUUGUUGGUGAGAGCGAGAAGAGAGAGACACCCGCACCCCUUGCGACGGAGAAGAUGAAGAUCGCGUGGAGAUACGAGAGCCUGGGACAAUUCGGUGCAUCAGGCGCACCUGCAAGAGACCGUCUUCAGCAGAGUGCAACGCAGCCAGGUCCGGACGGAAUAUCAGCCCAAGGACCGCCUGCGGCAUUUUGCCAUACCUUCGACCUGACGAAGCGACUCGUUCAUCCGGCCUCGUCCAAGAUGGACUUCUUUCAAUUGGACAUUACGAAUCCGACGACCUCGCCCUUCGCACCCAUUCUCGAACGGCUGAAUGCCUCUGUAAUGAACUCGGCGCCAGACGCAGUUCACCGCAUCGUCAUUCCGUCCCUGCUUUCACCCGCGCUUUAUCCCCCUUGGUCGAGUCAGCCGCAGAAUGUCCUCCAGUACCUGCACGGUCUUCGUGCUCUGUUCGCGGCACACCCCGGCCGGCUGACGGCAAUCACCUCACUCCCACUCUCACUCUACCCGCGGUCGUCUGGGCUAGUCCGGUGGAUUGAGCUGCUGCACGACGGGGUUCUCGAACUGGCCCCGUUUCCACAUUCGGCAGAGGGAGAUGCCGCAACCCCUUCUCGUGGUCCCUCUGGUGGAGCAGCUGAAGAGCCCCCUCAAGGCUUGUUGCAAGUCCAUCGCCUCCCAAUGCUUCAUGAUCGCGGUAGCGGGGUUGGCACGUCUGAGAAUGAUUGGACCUUCACGUUGAGCCGGAGGAAGUUCACAAUCAAGCCGUUCAAUCUGCCGCCUGUCGAGGGUGACACAGGUGCUCAACAAGCUGCGGGCGGCGAGGAGCAGAAGGGGAAGAAGGCUGACUUGGAAUUCUAG